CUUUGUCUCCGCCGCAAGCAACGCAAUAGCUGCCGACGACCAUGACGAUCUCCAGCAAGAAGUCGUCGAGAAGCUGCGUUCACGAGGACCGGAUCUCGGAGCUCCCUGAGGAAAUCAUCCACCAAAUCCUUCAUCUCCUCUACUACCCACGGGAAGCGGCGAGAACGAGCAUCUUGUCAAGAACCUGGCAUCACCUCUGGCAAACUUACCCUUUCGUCCAAUUUUCGUGGUAUCCUACAGACAAGUUCCAAAGCUUCGCCAAUGCCACUACCAUGAGGCUGCAGCGGAGGCAAGAAAGGGCAGCAUCACCGCCUCUAGACACCUUCAGCAUCUCAUUCAAAUACUCAAGUAACAACGAGAAGCUGCUGGAGGAGUUGCUGUCUACGGCGUCGUUGCUGCCCACCAACGACGGCUGCUGCAGCAGCAGCAGCAGCAGAUCCCCGCUUCGGAUUGACUUUCACUGCCUUCCCACCUUUAUUUAUCGUUUGCCUGACGGAGCGUUUUUCAGUUGCCGUCGCACCAAGUUUCUCAGCCUCGGAGGUUGCGACCUGACCCAUUACAACAGUAACCGUUACAACAACAUACGCCUGGACAGCCUUGAGGAACUCCGUCUCGUCAACUGCCGCAUCACCCAACAGAUUCUACAGAUCUGCCUCCUGCCCAAUACGCCGAAACUCGAGACGUUGCAUUUGAACUUCUCUUGUAACAACGGGGGGCUCGACAGCUUGGAUGUCUCCCAUCCCAACUUGAAAACCCUUGGUGUGCAUAGGUUUGGUGGCCCCAAAUUGCAUCUCCACCUCACUUCAGCCCCUCUCCUGCACUCGAUCCGUCGGACUAGCAUCUUGACCUAGGGAUAUUGUCUUAGGAUGGCAGGUCCUCAAAAGACCUUCAAGAAUAGGGAUGGUAUAUGAUGCAUCCUCGUCAAAAAGUUUGGACGAGUAGCCCCGCCCGAGUUGUAAACGUUGCACCUCUAGUGGAGGAGAGGAUGCGCAUUCAAGUAAUUCUUUGGGAUCGAACACCUACUCCAAAUGCAUGUUAUCAUAACAUAGAUAGAUCAUUCAGAAACAUGCAUCUCCAAUAGUAAGUAAACAUAACGUAUAAAC